AUGUGUCGCUUACGGUACUGUGUCAGCCACUGUCUGCAUGCAGCGAUUACCAGACUGGAGGAGGUCAACGGAGAGGUCAACAUGUGGUCCUCUGUCAGAUGUCUAGGCUACCUGUCUGGUCUGCACCUGCUGGUGGCUCUCUGUCUGGGGCUCUAUGUGCGAUGGGAGAAGACUGAAGAACCCAUGAUCCUCAUCAUAUUUGUUCUGGCCCUGUUUGUCCUCGGGAUAGCAAGUAUACUGUACUAUUACUUCAGCAUGGAAAAAGUCAGCCUGAGCCUCCUCCACCUGUGGUUUGGCUUCCUGCUUGGCCUCCUGUGUUUCCUCAACAACCCGACUCUGGAGAGCAACAUCAAGGAGCAAGCCACCAACUACCUGCUGCUGGCCAGUGUUGUCUUGAGGACGCUGUGGGCUCUGCUGGAGAGGAUGUGCGGCUGCACCAGGUACCGCCCUGCCUUCCUCACCUCAGCAGAGGCCCUGGAGCUGGCAGGCUUUGCCAUCGCCAGUACUGCCUUACUCAUCCAGAAGUCCAUGAGCGUAGUGGUGCUUGUGGUGGCCCUAGCUACUCUGAUGGUGGCCCUGCGCAUGAAGGCUCUCCUGGCCCUGCCCAACCUGGUCUGCUUCUCCAUCAUCACCGCAGUGCUGUUUUUCAAGGCGCUGGGCAUCACCACCAACCCCUUCGCCCUCGCAUGUUUCUUCAGCCAGCUGAUUUGCGACCCCUUGCUGGACGUGUACUUCAGUGGGCUGUCGGUGACCGAGCGCUGGCUGCCCUACCUUGCCUGGAGGGGGCUGUGGCGCAGGAUGUCCCUCCUGCCUCUGCUGCUGGUGGAGGUGAUUUUAAUUAAUUUUAUUUGACAAAUUUAAAAUGCAUAUAGAGUUGCCCCAACCAUGUGAGUACAAUGAUGCACACUUGAAAAAUAAUUGUGUAUAAAAACACAUAGUCAACAGUAGACUUACUUCCAUUGUGGUCCCACCCAGGUGGGUUUCUGGGUCCUGGCAGCCCUGAAGCUGGUGGACCUGGACCAGUGGUACCUGAUGAUCCCGGGCUUCAUGCUAAGUGGGGUGUUCUGGGCCAUCUGUCACGUGGUGUUCAUCAUCACUCUGUGGGGCUUCCACACCAAGCUGAGUGACUGCCAGAGGGUGUGUCUGGCCCAGGGAUCCGGGAACAGUUGCCUAGACAAGGUUAUGGCCUCUAAAGGAGUCAGACACUUCUGUCUCAUCUCUGAACGCCUGGUGCUCUUCAGUCUGGUGUCCACCAUCAUCCUGGCUGCUUUAUCAUGGCAGGUAUGUCUCCAGUCAUUGAUAUAGCACUGUUAUUCAGUCCAGACCAGCAAUGUUAUACCUUGAUGGCUCAUAUAACAUAGUCUGUUUGUUUUGUUGAUAAGCUCUGUUAACUGACGUAAAAUAAAUUGAGAUCGGACACUUUCCCAUAGUUUUUGAGGUCAUACAUAUUCAGAGCCAUCUUUUCAAUUUCAUAGUCCUCCUUUUUUGGUUAGUGUGUGAAUGUGACCCAUUGUGUCUGUCUGUCUGUCUCAGUCCUCCAGUAGUAUCUUUAUGAGUAUGCUCCUGCUGGUCCUGGCUCUGGAGUCUCUGUUCCACGGCCUCUUCUAUGAGCUGGGGAACUGCCUAGGCGGCACAUGUGUGGGGUAUGCAGUGGUCAUCCCCACCAACUAUUGCAGGUAGGAAUUUAUGGAUAGUGGACACCCAAAUGUAUGGAUAGUGGACUCUCUCUCUCUCUCUCUCUCUCUCUCUCUCUCUCUCUCUCUCUCUCUCUCUCUCUCUCUCUCUCUCUCUCUCUCUCUCUCUCUCUCUCUCUCUCUCUCUCUCUCUCUCGCUCUCUCUCUCUCUCUCUCUCUCUCUCUCUAUAUAGAUAUAUAUAUAUAUAUAUAUAUAUAUAUAUAUAUAUAUAUAUAUAUAUAUAUAUAUAUAUAUUAGUUUUCACACCCCUUGACUUUUUCCACAUUUUGUUGUUACAGCCUGAAUUUAAAAUAGAUUAAAUUGAGAUUUUGUGUCACUGGCCUACACACAAUACCCCCAUAAUGUCAAAGUUUUAUUUGAAAUGUUUACAAAUUAAUAAAAAAUGAAAGCUGAAAUACAGUGGGGGAAAAAAGUAUUUAGUCAGCCACCAAUUGUACAAGUUCUCCCACUUAAAAAGAUGAGAGAGGCCUGUAAUUUUCAUCAUAGGUACAUGUCAACUAUGACAGACAAAAUGAGAAUUUUUUUCUCUCCAGAAAAUCAGAUUGUAGGAUUUUUAAUGAAUUUAUUUGCAAAUUAUGGUGGAAAAUAAGUAUUUGGUCAAUAACAAAAGUUUCUCAAUACUUUGUUAUAUACCCUUUGUUGGCAAUGACACAGGUCAAAUGUUUUCUGUAAGUCUUCACAAGGUUUUCACACACUGUUGCUGGUAUUUUGGCCCAUUCCUCCAUGCAGAUCUCCUCUAGAGCAGUGAUGUUUUGGGGCUGUCGCUGGGCAACUCGGACUUUCAACUCCCUCCAAAGAUUUUCUAUGGGGUUGAGAUCUGGAGACUGGCUAGGCCACUCCAGGACCUUGAAAUGCUUCUUACGAAGCCACUCCUUCGUUGCCCGGGCGGUGUGUUUGGGAUCAUUGUCAUGCUGAAAGACCCAGCCACAUUUCAUCUUCAAUGCCCUUGCUGAUGGAAGGAGGUUUUCACUCAAAAUCUCACGAUACAUGGCCCCAUUCAUUCUUUCCUUUACACGGAUCAGUCGUCCUGGUCCCUUUGCAGAAAAACAGCCCCAAAGCAUGAUGUUUCCACCCCCAUGCUUCACAGUAGGUAUGGUGUUCUUUGGAUGCAACUCAGCAUUCUUUGUCCUCCAAACACGACGAGUUGAGUUUUGACCAAAAAGUUCUAUUUUGGUUUCAUAUGACAUUCUCCCAAUCCUCUUCUGGAUCAUCCAAAUGCACUCUAGCAAACUUCAGACGGGCCUGGACAUGUACUGGCUUAAGCAGGGGGACACGUCUGGCACUGCAGGAUUUGAGUCCCUGGCGGCGUAGUGUGUUACUGAUGGCAGGCUUUGUUACUUUGGUCCCAGCUCUCUGCAGGUCAUUCACUAGGUCCCCCCCGUGUGGUUCUGGGAUUUUUGCUCACCGUUCUUGUGAUCAUUUUGACCCCACGGGGUGAGAUCUUGCGUGGAGCCCCAGAUCGAGGGAGAUUAUCAGUGGUCUUGUAUGUCUUCCAUUUCCUAAUAAUUGCUCCCACAGUUGAUUUCUUCAAACCAAGCUGCUUACCUAUUGCAGAUUCAGUCUUCCCAGCCUGGUGCAGGUCUACAAUUUUGUUUCUGGUGUCCUUUGACAGCUCUUUGGUCUUGGCCAUAGUGGAGUUUGGAGUGUGACUGUUUGAGGUUGUGGACAGGUGUCUUUUAUACUGAUAACAAGUUCAAACAGGUGCCAUUAAUACAGGUAACGAGUGGAGGACAGAGGAGCCUCUUAAAGAAGAAGUUACAGGUCUGUGAGAGCCAGAAAUCUUGCUUGUUUGUAGAUGACCAAAUACUUAUUUUCCACCAUAAUUUGCAAAUAAAUUCAUAAAAAAUCCUACAAUGUGAUUUUCUGGAUUUUUUUCCCUCAAUUUGUCUGUCAUAGUUGACGUGUACCUAUGAUGAAAAUUACAGGCCUCUCUCAUCUUUUUAAGUGGGAGAAAUUGCAGAAUUGGUGGCUGACUAAAUACUUUUUUCCCCCACUGUAUCUUGAGUCAAGAAGUAUUCAACCCCUUUGUUAUGGCAAGCUACAAGUUAAGGAGUAAACAUUUGCUUAACAAGUCACAUAAUAAGUUGCAUGGACUCACUCUGUGUGCAAUAAUAGUGUUUAACAUGAUUUUUGAAUGACUACCUACUUUCUGUACCCAACACAUAAUUGUAAGGUCCCUCAGUCGAGCAGAGAAUUUCAAACACCGAUUCAACCACAAAGACCAGGGAGGUUUUCCAUUGCCUCGCAAAGAAGGCCACCUAUUGGUAGAUGGGUUAAAAAAUAAGCAGACAUUGAAUAUCCCUUUGUAUGGUGUAAUUAAAAGAUACAGGCGUCUAUGGUGUCACUACAAAGAUACAGGCGUCUUUCCUAACUCAGCUGCCGGAGUGGAAGGAAACCGCUCAGGGAUUUCACCAUGAGGCCAAUGGUGACUUUAAAACAGUUAGAGUUUAAUGGCUGUGAUAGGAGAAAAUUGAGGAUGGAUUAACAACAUUGUAGUUACUCCACAAUACUAACCUACCUAAUUGACAAAGUGAAAAGAAGGAAGCCAGUACAGAAUAAAAAUAUUCUAAAAUAAUGCACCCUGUCUGCAACAAGGCACUAAAGUAAUACUGCAAAAAAUGUGGCAAAGAAAUUAACUUUAUGUCCUGAAUACAAAGUUUUAUGUUUGGGGCAAAUCCAAUACAACACAUUACUGAAUUCCACUCUCCAUAUUUUCAAGUAUAGUGGUGGCUGCAUCAUGUUAUGGGCAAUGUUCCCUCUGAACUGCGCGUGUGCGCGGCUGCACACUUCCUCCAGGACUGCAGCGCAGAAGAAAUGUCAUGCCGCGCAGAGACGCAAGAGAUUGAACUUUACUCGCCCCACUAGUUUGCACUAUAUAUAGAUCAACGUUUUUUCUGUGAUCGAAUCAACAUUAUAUCGGCCCCUUUUCAAUGCAACAAAUCAAACUUUGCAAGAUUAAGUCUUUUUGUAGGCAGUCAGAGAAUUCUAUUGUCGGGGGUAGCCCACGAGCGGUCUUUUAAUCACCCGUGAGUGAAUGCGCUUUUCACAGUAGAUCAGAGCUGCGCAUAUGCACAUUUGUUGAUAUUCUUUGCUAGUUAGCUAAUUAUUAAGUGUAGGUCAGCAAUGGGUAGUUACUGCUUCCUACAAGAGCACGAAACAUGUAGGCUACAUUUCAAGCUGUCUUUGAAAAGCCAGUCAGAUAAAAAAAAAAAAAGAAGCUUAUGUUUUAAUUAAAGGAGCAGUGUUGUAUUUUGAGACAGGCUCGAAUAUGCAAAUAAACCAAUAGGCAGAGGGGUAGCCUACAUUGUCUAAUUAUCUGUAUGAUAAUUAUAAUAAUAAUACAUUUAAUUUUGUAAAAUGGUUUCUUGCAUCACACAAUACAUUGCAAUUUACAAACACCUAUUUGGCCCAUGGUGUUACAGACCAAGUAAACAAAUAAUUAAUGAAUGUCAAGCCCUUCAUAAUGUAAAAAUGUUUUCUAAAAGUAUCAUGCAAUGUAGGCCUGCAUUGAACACCACAUAUAGGCUACUGUAGGCUAUAUCAUAGAAAUCAAAAGCUAUUUCCAUGUAAAAUGUUAUGGGAUUUGCUCCAUUGGUUUUGUUGGUAGGCCUACAUUAUGCUCAAAUAGCCACAAUAGCCUUUUGGCUACUGUCUAAAACUGUAAGGGUACAGCUUCAGUGUUCACUGUAAACCGCGCUGGAAGUUGCACAAAAUUCUCACAACGUUCAAGUUUCCGCUCACAAGACAAAACAUUUGCUCAGUGCCCCAAGAAAUUAGAGGGAACAUUGGUUAUGGGUAUGCUUGUAAUCAUUAAGGACUGGGGAGUUUUUUAGGAUAAAAAAUAAACGGAAUAGAGCUAAGCACAGGCAAAAUUCUUGAGGAAAACCUGGUUCAGUCUGCUUUCCAACAGACACUGGGAGACCAAUUCACCUUUCAGCAACACUAACCUAAAACACAUUGCCAAAUCUACAUUGGAGUUGCUUACCAAGACGACAUUGAUUGUUCCUGAGUGACCUAGUUACAGUUUUGACUUAAAUCGGAUUGAAAAUCUAUGGCAAGACUUGAAAAUGGCUGUCUAGCAAUGAUCAACAAGCAACUUGACAGAGCUUGGAAUCAUUUUUAAAAGAAUAAUGUGCAAGUAUUGUACAAUCCAGGUGUGCAAAGCUCUUAGAGACUUACCCAGAAAGACUCACAGCUAUAAUCACUGCCAAAGAAGAUUCUAACAUGUAUUGACUCAGGGGUGUGAAUACUUAUGUAAAUGAGAUACUUCUGUAUUUCAUUUUCAAUACAUUUGCAAAUAUGUCUAAAAACAUGUCAUUAUGGGGUAUUGUGUGUAGAUGGGUGAGGAGUUUUUAUUUUUUAAUCCAUUUUGAAUUCAGGCUGUAGCACAACAAAAUGUGGAACAAGUCAAGGGGUGUGAAUACUUUCUGAAGGCACUGUACAGUAUAUGCUAUACUAUACUUACUCAACACACAGGCGCAUACUUUUUUACACAGUCUUUCAUUUAACUUAUUCUUACUGCACUCAUCCUCACUCCUUCCCUUCUCUUCACCCUUUCAUUCCCUCUCUCCCUUGCAGUCCUGAUGGGCAGCCCACUCUGUUACCUCCGGACCAGGUACAUAUGUUGAACAUGCAUUCCACGGGCAUGUUGAACAGUAUACAGAGUUUCUUCUCCCACCACAUGAUCGAGACGUUCGGCUGCGACUACUCCACCAGCGGGGUGACUCUGGAAGCCCUACAGGUGAAGCUCAAGGCCUUCAUGGAGCUCUGCACAGCCGAUGGGCCUCGCCACGACACCUACGUGGUGUUCUACAGUGGACACACCCACCGCAGCGGGGAGUGGGCACUAGCAGGUACGAAUCACUUAGAAGUUUUUUCAUUCUGUGAAGCUCAGUUACUUUAACUCACUGUCUGUAGCACAUUAUUUUAUGGUGCUGUGGUUGUCUGUCAGGAGGGGGCACCCUUCAACUGGACCAGAUCCUGGAGUGGUGGAGAGAGAAGAACAGUGACUACUGCUCCCGCCUCAUCCUGGUCCUGGACAGUGAGAACUCCCUACCCUGGGUGAAGCAGGUGAGGAAGGUGGGGGGGCUUUAUGUGGCGGUGCAGGGGGCCCAGCUAGCCCGAGCCACGGAUGUCGAGCUCCAGGACGCCCCCCAGCUCGGGGACUUCACCUCCCAGUGGGUGGAGUACAACUGCAAUGUAGACAGCACCAUCCAGUGGUCGGAGAGGGGAAGGACGGUCACCGCCGCCUACGGCAUCUCCAAGCACUGGAGUGAUUACACACUGCACCUGCCCACAGAAAGUGAUGUCACCAAACACUGGAGGAUGUACUUCCCCAGGAUGACCUACCCCGUGGUCCAGUUAGCGCUCUGGUGCGGUGGGCUGAACCUGCUUUGGCUAUGCAGUGUCUGCCUACAGUGCCUCAAAAGGGUCAAACUCAACUGGUUCCCCCCAGCCAUACUAGACACUGGCCAAGGGUUCAAGCUGGUCAAAUCUUAG